GCAUAGCAGCAGCUGUAUUUGCCAGUACAGUUCGCCAGUACAGUUCGUAAUACUUAAUAGUGUUUUCGUGGUAGAAACACUGAGUCAUUAAGAACUGAAAAUACUUGCUUCAUACUCAAAAUUAAUAUUAUUUAUACUUUAUCUACUUCUAUGUAACACCAGUACUAUGCAGAUAUUUCGCAGAGUAUCUUGUCUGAGUGUUUUAUGAUCCUGGUUCAUUUCCAUGACGUUUUCGUGGGAACCAGCUUGAUCCCUGAUCUCGACGAUCUCCAGAAGCCGCUGCUUUCUAAAUUGCUACGUGAUUGCCCAGAUGACCAUGGUCGGAAUGAUAAACCAAUUAUUGGAAUUUUAUCUCAGGAUAUCAACGCCAAAAAACUGCGAUCAAUAUACGGCACAUACACCACGUCCACGAGAACGACGCCAUCCUUCAUUGCCGCUUCAUAUGUGAAAUGGAUCGAAAGUGCAGGGGCCCGUGUGGUACCAGUGCUACUCAGUCAACCGCCAGAAUAUUACACCGCUCUUAUGUCAAAAAUAAACGGGGUGCUGUUCCCAGGAGGAGGUGUUUCGUUAACGGAUAGCGGCUACGCACAAACUGGAAAAUUACUAUACGCGAUGGCGAAAGAGAUGAAUGACAAAGGAAAUUAUUUCCCGAUCUGGGGGACUUGCCUAGGAUAUGAGCUACUUACGGUGCUAACCGCUGAUGGAUGCUUUUUGACAUCGUGCAAUGCUGAGAACGUUAGUCUUCCACUACAGUUCCCGAGUGGUUACAAAUUAUCCAGAAUGUUUUCACCGGCAUCAAAAGAAGUUACGGAUAUUCUAGCCAAUGAAAGCAGUACAGCAAAUUCCCACAGGAAAUGCCUUACACCAGCAAGUUUUUCUGCUUCCGGUUUAAAAGAUAAACUGCGCCCGACUUCGUAUUCUACCGCGCAAGACGGAGUGACCUUUAUAGCUGCGGUAGAGGAUCUGCAAUAUCCAUUUUAUGGAGUUCAGUUUCAUCCCGAGAAGGCCCAUUUUGAAUUUCACCAUCCAUCAGCGUACUCGCACUCCCAGCACGCCAUCUUAGCUUCACAGUAUUUUGCAAAUUUCUUCGUUUCACAGACCAGGAUGAAUAAACAACGAUUUCAGAACCAAGAGGAGGAGGACAAAUAUUCGAUAUACAACUGGAAUCCUAUGUUUUCCAAAGCUACAAUUUACGAUCAGAUGUAUCUGUUUUAGGGCAAAACUGAAGAAAUAGAAGGGAUCGAUUA